CAAGCGCAAUGCCGGUGACAGUGGGUCGCUCCAGGCUUGUGUUUACAGCUCGCUCGGAUGCUGGUCCCAGUAGUGCUUCCGACGAAACUGGCGAACUACAAUGUUACGCCAAAUGCCAUUUGAGAACAUAUAACCUUCAGGGAUGUAAAGGUGAUUUUGCACAUCAUCUCCCACUGCUUCUUCCUCUUCCUCCUCUUCGCCUCUUCCAUUCAUGAGCAAAGUGGCUGAGUGUAAGAGCGACAACCAUGGAUGACAAGGGCUCAGUGGGGAAGAUUAGCGUGUCGUCGGACUCUGUGUCCACUCUCAACAGUGAGGACUUUGUCCUCGUGUCCCGGCUGGGGGACGAGACGCCGUCGUCCACUAAUAAUGGUAGUGAUGAUGAAAAGACAGGAUUGAAGGUAAUUUCUGAGGAAGGGGUCAGCUUUAAGAUUGUGGGAAAUGGCAGUGAACAGCAACUCCAAAAGGAGCUAGAGGACGUCCUCAUGGAGCCGUCAUUGGCCGACGCCAGGCCGGGGGCCCUGGUGGGUGCCGGGGAUCUCGGCCUCCCGCCCACCACAGCAUCACUCGUAGCACCAGGCACUGAUCCCCUCAGUGCACCGCCACACAAGGUGGCAAUGGUGCUUCCUGUUCAGACGGCUCAGGAGAGCGAGCUGAAUGAGCGGUCAUAUCGAGGAGAUGAAUCGUCGUCAGACGGCAGCCCUGGUAGUCCCAUCCCAGAUGACGACAGCGUAGUCUUCAGCCAGCUGACCUAUCUUGGGUGCGCCUCGGUCAACGCCCCCCGCAGUGAGGUGGAGGCCCUCCGUAUGAUGAGCAUCCUCAGGGGGCAGUGCCAGCUCCCCUUGGAUGUCACGCUCUCUGUACCUGGCGUUUCGGAAGGCACUGUCAGGCUUUUGGACCCCAACAACAGUACAGAGAUCGCCAACUACCCCAUCUAUAAGAUUCUGUUCUGCGUGCGCGGCCAUGACGGCAUGCCGGAGAGCGACUGCUUUGCGUUCACCGAGAGCCACUACAACGCAGAGAUCUUCAGGAUACAUGUGUUCCGUUGCCAAAUCCAAGAGGCCGUGAGUAGGAUUCUGUACAGCUUUGCAACUGCAUUUCGGCGGUCAGCUAAGAAGGCAGCGCUGGCGUGUCAGCCGUCUGCUCCACUCACGCCUGACAGCGACUUGUUUAUCUUCACUGUCAGCCUAGAAAUCAAGGAGGAUGACGGCAAAGGCACUUUCAGUGCUGUAGCCAAAGACAAGGACAAGCAGAGCUUCAAACUGCGUGCUGGAAUGGACAAGAAAAUUGUCAUAUAUGUCCAACAGACAUCCAAUAAGGAACUGGCUAUUGAGCGGUGUUUCGGUCUUCUGCUUAGCCCUGGCAAGAACGUCAAGAACAGUGACAUGCACCUUCUAGACCUGGAGUCAAUGGGAAAAAGCUCGGAUGGGAAGUCUUACAUCAUCACAGGAAGUUGGACCCCCAGCACGCCCCAGUUCCAGGCUGUGAAUGAGGAAACGCCCAAAGAUAAAUUCAUGUACAUGACGACAGCAGUGGACCUAGUCAUUACGGAAGUAGAGGAGCCGGUGCGUUUCCUUCUGGAGACCAGGGUCCGGGUGUGCUCCCCCAAUGAUCGUCUCUUCUGGCCCUUCAGCAAGCGCAGCCACACUGAAACCUUCUACCUGAAACUGCGACAUAUGGAACACAAGGAGCGUAAGAGUCCUUCCUCGGACACACUUUACGAGGUGGUGAGUUUGGAAAGUGAGACAGAGAGAGAGAAACGGAAGACCACAGCUAGUCCUGGCAUCCUUCCCGGUGGGCCUGGUUCUAUGGUACCUUCUCCACCUGAGGAUGACGAAGAGGAAGACAAUGAUGAGCCAUUACUCAGUGGUUCUGGUGAUGUUUCCAAAGAGUGUGCAGAGAAGAUCCUGGAGACGUGGGGAGAUUUGUUAUCCAAGUGGCAUAUGAACCUGUGCGUGCGCCCCAGGCAGCUUCCAGCUCUGGUGCGGAGUGGCAUUCCUGAGGCGCUCCGUGGGGAGGUGUGGCAGCUCUUGUCCGGUUGCCACAACAAUGACCACCAGGUAGAGGAGUACCGCACUCUAAUCACAAAGGAAUCCCCGCAGGACAGUGCCAUCACCCGGGACAUUAACAGGACGUUCCCAGCUCAUGACUACUUCAAAGACACCGGAGGAGAUGGGCAAGACUCCCUGUAUAAGAUCUGCAAGGCAUACUCUGUGUAUGAUGAGGAGAUUGGCUACUGCCAGGGACAAUCCUUCUUGGCUGCUGUGCUACUGUUGCACAUGCCAGAGGAGCAAGCCUUCAGUGUGCUGGUCAAGAUCAUGUUUGACUACGGCCUCAGGGACCUCUUCAAGCAAAACUUUGAAGAUCUGCAUUGCAAAUUCUUCCAGCUGGAGAGACUCAUGCAGGAAUAUAUUCCAGAUUUGUACAACCAUUUCCUGAAUGUGGGUCUCGAAGCUCACAUGUAUGCCUCCCAGUGGUUCCUCACCCUCUUUACAGCAAAGUUCCCUCUCUACAUGGUCUUUCAUAUCAUUGACCUGCUUCUAUGUGAGGGCAUCAGUGUGAUCUUCAAUGUGGCUCUGGCACUUCUCAAGACUUCAAAAGAUGAUCUGAUCCAAACAGACUUUGAGGGUGCCCUCAAAUUCUUUCGUGUUCCAGUUCCCAAAAGGUAUCGCUCGGAGGAAAACGCCAAGAAACUGAUGGAGCUGGCUUGUAGCAUGAAGAUCAGCCAGAAGAAGCUGAAGAAGUUUGAGAAGGAGUACCACACCAUUCGGGAACAGCAGGAGCAGCAGGAGGCUCCCAUCGAGCGAUACGAGAGGGAGAACCGUCGUUUGCAGGAAGCCAACAUGCGCUUGGAGCAGGAGAACGAUGACCUGGCACACGAGCUGGUCAGCAGCAAGAUUGCCCUGCGUAAAGACCUUGACAACGCUGAGGAGAAGGCUGACGCCCUGAACAAGGAGCUGCUGCUGACCAAACAGAAACUAGUGGACUCAGAAGAUGAGAAGAGACGACUGCAGGAAGAGUCGGCGCAGCUGAAGGAGAUGUGCAGGCGAGAGCUUGACAAGUCGGAAUCCGAGAUUAAGAAGAACGGCUCCAUUAUCGGGGAAUACAAGCAGAUCUGCUCCCAGCUGAGUGAGCGGCUGGAGAAGCAGCAAGCGGCCAAUCGGGGAGAGCUGGAGAAGAUCAGAGCCAAAGUGGAAGGCUGUGACAAAUGCAGCACCCUUUUUAACAAGGAAGGUCGCGUUCGGGCGGCCGUGGCCGCGGCGCCCCACGGAGGUGGCGAGGAGACGGAUGAGGAGAAGGAGGGUUUGAAGAACCAGCUGAGGGAGAUGGAGCUGGAACUGGCGCAGACCAAACUGCAGCUGGUGGAGGCAGAGUGCAAGAUCCAGGACCUUGAGCACCAUCUCGGUCUGGCUCUCAACGAGGUCCAGGCGGCCAAGAAGACCUGGUUCAACCGAACGCUUAGCUCCAUCAAAACCGUCACGGGCACCCAGGGCAAGGAGACCACCUAACCCGCUUGGGUCUCAUUUGUGUCACCCAGAACUCGAACGCUUGUCGCUUGCCAACCAAGUGCACUGACGUAAGGGGCUUAAAAAAAACUUUGUUGCCACUCCCCCGUCCAGCGGUCUCACUUACAUACACUGUUUGGUUUGUGUCCUUGUUACUGCUGAUAUGACCCAACAAGAGGAGGAAGGUUGGACCUAACUGUAACCAUGGUAACAUGACAGAUGCACACACGUCCUCCUUCCUGCCUCUCCAAAAAAGAAAACUACUGGCACAAUCUAAAAGACAGUUUUCGGUACAAGACCUGUUAGAUGAGUUUUUUUUUUCUUUUGUCUAUGUAUGUUCAUGGAUGUGUUUGUGUAACGAGUGUGUGUGUGUGUGUGUGUGAAUGCUUAAAUAAUGAGCUGAUUCCAAGUGUGUUGUGUAGGGAAAAAAAGCACGAAUGCAUGCAUGGACGAUAAGACAUAAUGUUUAAUGUUCUAAGGUGUGAAUGGCACCACAGAGAAGAUGACGACUUUUUGCCAUGAAGAUGAAAAUUUAGCGUACGCGAUUCCUUCACACAAAAAUAAGCAACCUCGUUCAUUUACUCACGUUGUCUGUUUGCUUUGGAGGCGUGAAUGCUUGUUUGUCUAAAAGUGACCUGCUGUUGACUGACCACCAGUCCAGGGUGUACCCCGCCUCUAGCCCAAGGGCAGCUGCGAUAGGCUCAAGAUCGCCUGCUACAUUCUCUCGAAAGUGGAUGGAUGAAAACCCGAAAGCAAUUUUCAUACUUGAUUUAAUGUAUUUUUAAUGUAUUGCUCAUAACCUCCUAUUAAGCAUUUUUCAAAAUGUCAGGUUAUCCCUUAAUAAUCAGAUUUAUGCAUCUUUCACUCAUAUGUCAACCAAAGUCAAAUGUACUAAAUGCCACCCUGACCAUAACCUUUUUUGUUAGCAUGCUUCCAGUUCUUGAAGUGGCACUGCUGCAAAUGUCACCCUAACCUUCAUGAAAAGGAAAGUGGAUGGAUGGCUGUUUGCUUUGGCUCUUCAUCGCUAUGGGUGUGUUAAAGCUUGUUGAACCCGCUCCCCCCCUUGCUUCCGAGCACCACCUGCUCGCCAACCCUAGAUCUUGGCAGAUACUUUGAAGUGCAGGGCGCUGCGCUGACUCUGACUUUCUUGACUGCAGCACACACGCAAAUGGAAGGCGGACAUUCAAACAGGGAAAAUGCUUGUUGGUAGCACAUGCCAACACAUUACAAGUGCUACUAGGUUUGGCUAAUUUGGAGAAAAGGAGCAAAAAAUUACAACCACUAAUACAAAGUCUCAGUCCUCAGUUUCGAUUGCAGCGUGCUCUGCCUUGCAUACAAAUUAGGGUUUACUUCACCGCCAUACAAAUGGAAAUCAACAAACAGGGAAAAGCCUCAGUUCCACGGAAGGAUUUACAGGGCUUUCCACAUUUUUGAUUAGCUAGUAAUGUUUUUUUUAAGCCAUUGUGUUCAUUGUUGAAAAACCCAACCUUUCUUGGAUGUCUUGUGGCAUUGUUCAACAUUGACACACCUUUUUUAGUGUGGGUGUCACUUACUCGCAGAUUUCUGGUGUUCGCGGUAGGGACGGUCAAGCGGGGAAAUGCUGUACAGUUGAACAAAACUAGUUUUCGGAUAGGAAGUAAAUAUUCCAGGUUCUUUUUAACAUUCUUAACAGUCAUUAUUACAAUUGGAAAAAUACACCCUUUUAAUAUUGAAACAUUAAAAACACAAUGUGUGUUUGUGGUUCUAUUCCCUUUUGGGUUUUUUUUUCCCUGCCUCUGGUACCCUUCUGUGGAUUGUACCACUGUAUUGCAUCACAAUAUACUUUGCAGGCUUAUUUGCGUGAGCGAGUGAGUGUUACCUUUCGAAAGGCCGGUCCCCACAAGUGUCAUUCAGGAGUUGGUCAUCGUAAGUCACGAAAAGCUGUGCAUGUUUGAUCCCCUGGAUUCAUGAAAAAAGAUUUUUGUGUGUAGACAGAAUGAAGUGAGUAACUGUCAUUUAGAAAGAGGGGUCUCCAAAUGUCGUGUGUGUAUAUUCUGUACAAGGGUGGUCCCCAAAAGUGUCAUUUAGAAGGCGUGUCAAUGUGUAUAUGUCAUAUCUUGAAAGGGUGGGCUCCACAAGUGUCAUUCUGAAAAUUGAUGCACACAACUCGGAAAAACCUGUGAGAGAGAGACAGAGGUCCCCAUUUGACAUGGAAAGUAUGUCAUCUGUAGAGGGAGUGGUCUCUACGGGUGUCAUUGAGAAAUGUUUGCCAGGUAACCAGAAAACCUGUGAGUGAAUGAGUGUGUGAGUGAGGGCAGGCCCGAAAGGAGGUUGUCGUGUUUUGUUGACUGCAUCGCAAGUGUAAAUUGCAUCUUGAGUUGAAGGUUGAACAGAGUGCUGCCGUUUGCAUUAAGAGAAAAGACAAAAGCAGCCUUUCUUCAGGCUGGCACUGGCUUGUGUAUAUUAUAAAUAUAUAUAAAUCUAAAUGAUGAUGUUUUUCUUUAUGGUUUUCUACUCUUUAAGUCGACCUAACGUUGCCUACCUGCUGCUGUUGAAUAAUCCACCGGCGUGUUUCGACUUUGACUGCUGUUUUAUUGAAAUGAUGACAAUGCCAAAAUGUAGCUUUACCAUACAACAACAACAACAACAAACAUUGAUAACCAUGUGUGGACAUUGUAGUAGUGUAGGAUGCAUUGUGGUGACUUUACAAGCUUCAGUAUAAAGAUAUGAA